AUUUCCCUUUGCUAAAAAUCCAAUUUUUUGGUCUCAUUUGAUGAAUUCUUCAUCCAAUUCAGUAUUAUUGUUGCAAAUCCUAAACUGGGUCAGACUUAGUUUUCACAAAGAAUCUGUUAUUGCUGAAUGGUUAUGUUGUUACAUACUAGUGUGGGACGAGUAUCUCCAUUUUCAAACCCACCGAAGUCUUUUGUCUUCCGUAGUUAUUACAGUUACAGAUGCAUAGUUUGUUCAUCUGAAACAGGGGUGUCCACAAGAAGACAAGCGCUUGAACUAGUUGAUUCUAAGUUGUCUAGUGGAGACGAAAGAGCUGCUCUGUCCCUUGUCAAGGAUCUCCAAGGAAAACCAGAUGGGCUUCGAUGUUUUGGUGCUGCGAGGCAGGUGCCGCAGAGACUCUACACAUUAGAAGAACUGAAACUGAAUGGUAUUAACGCAGCUUCACUUCUCUCGCCAACAGAUACAACGCUUGGCUCCAUCGAAAGAAACCUUCAGAUCGCUGGUGUCUCAGGGGGAAUAGUUGCUUGGCAAGCCUUUGACUUGAGUUCUCAACAGCUUUUUUAUCUAACUCUUGGGUUUAUGUUCCUGUGGACUUUGGACUUGGUCUCAUAUAGUGGUGGAAUCGGGAGUUUGGUUCUUGAUACAGUCGGUCAUACAUUCAGUCAACGAUACCACAACAGAAUUGUUCAGCACGAAGCAGGUCAUUUCUUGGUGGCCUACUUGGUCGGGAUUCUACCACGCGGAUACACACUCUCAAGCCUCGAAGCUUUGCAGAAAGAAGGAUCUCUCAACAUUCAAGCUGGCUCAGCCUUUGUGGACUAUGAGUUCCUCGAAGAAGUUAAUUCUGGAAAAGUCUCGGCUACCAUGCUGAACAGAUUCUCAUGCAUUGCUCUUGCUGGUGUAGCAACUGAAUAUCUCCUGUAUGGUUAUGCUGAAGGUGGCCUUGACGAUAUCAGCAAGUUAGAUGGUUUGGUGAAGAGUUUGGGGUUUACACAAAAGAAAGCAGACUCUCAGGUGAGGUGGUCAGUACUUAAUACCAUACUGCUACUACGGCGACAUGAGAUAGCUCGAAACAAGCUCGCUCAGGCUAUGUCCAAGGGUGAAUCUGUUGGAUCUUGUAUCCAAAUUAUUGAAGAUUCUAUUGAUCCAUCUGAUAUCUAGAAAUCCAGUGUCUUCUCUUGUAUUUUUGGAUUAGAUUCAUAUAUCAAUGUAAAGAAGCAUUUUUAUACAUUAAUAAAAGGUAACAUCAUAUAA